UUUAGUUUUCCAUUCACUGCAAAGCGCAUUGCAACUACAAUAAAUAAUAAUACAAAGUGCAGCGAGUGUUAUUGAAAAUUGUGCUUCUAAUAAAAUAUUGUAAAAACUAAUCAAAAGUAAUAGCGCAGAGCAAAUAGAAAUACCGCUUGCAUAUGUAUGUGUAUGUGUGUAUAAACAUUAGAAAUGUCAAUUGAAUUCAAUGAAGAUGAGCUGGUGCCGCCUGAAUGGUUGGACAAUACGUUCUUUCAGAAGGUCGUGCGAAAUAUAGAGGAGUGCAAUGGCGUGCCAAAGAUCUAUGACCUACUUAUUAGACCCGCUACCCAGAAGGGAGAUCACUAUGCAAGUGUCAUGUUUCGCGCCCACUUCAAGUAUACGUGCAACAACAGCAAAGUCAAAGAGCAAAUAGUCGUAAUAAAAACUGUGCCGGCGCAGCACUCGGCGAAGUACCAGCACCUUAACGAUUCACAUUUCUUCGCCAACGAGGCACUUAUCUACAGCGAGGUGAUACCCCAAUUCGAGGCUAUUUGGCGGCAUUAUGGCGAAAAUAUCAAGUUCGGUGGACGUGCCCUUUACAGCGCACUUCAGCCACAUCCCGUCAUCUUGCGCGACCGUCUGUUCAGCUUCGCCGAAGUCAAGGCAUGUUUGCACAAGUUGGCCUGCUGGCAUGCUGUCAGCCAUAAAGUGACACUGCAACAACGAGAUGUCAGCCGCACACCUGCCCCAACCGAAGUAGAGCAGUGUGAGCGCGCUGCCCGGGCAGCGGUGGUGUCGCUGCAAUAUGGCCUCUUCACCGCAACGAAUCUAAUGAAUUCGGCAUACAUGCACAAUGGCCUGCGAAACAUGAUUGCGGCUCUUGAGCAGGCAGGUGGAUUUGAAGUUUAUUUAACCAAAUUGCGGGCUAUGCAGCCGCAGGUACUGGAGCGUUGCCUGGAAAUGAACAAUGCAUACGGUGUGGGUGUUCGAAAUUACAAAGAAAAGUAUAACUUGCAUUUGCAGAUCGACUUCCAAGCAAGCUUUUUGGGUCCUUCCUGCUGUGAUUUGCAAUACUUGAGUAUCACUCUGUUCGAACGGCGUCUGCGUGAUGAGAAGCGUGAAGAGCUUUUUAGCUUUUACUUUCAGUGCUUUGUGGAAGGUUUACGAAAAUUGCAAUUCUCUGGUAAUAUACCCACCUUCGAGGACUUUAAAGCAGACUGCAAGCGAUGGCGGCAUUUUGAAAUUUAUCUGCUGGCUACUAACCUACCAUUGACCACUAUCGAUCCCCGGAAAGGCAGUGAUGUGGACAUAAACCGGAUAUUUAAUGAGGAGAAAUAUCGCAUCGCCUACUAUAAGAAUCCCGAUUACAUUGCCUAUUUGCGUGAAUUAUUGCCAAACUACUUGGCUGAAGGCUACUUGGAUUGAUUGAAACAUAUACGAGUUUUAGCCAAAAGAUUAUAUUAAUUAUCAAUUUUUUU